GAGAAAGAUGGUGCUAACAAAUCCAACAGAACAAGACAUAUUUCAGUUUAAAUGAUGUGCUUUGUUUCAUUCUAACUUAAAUAUUGAGUGUUACAGUAGUAAAGGAGAGAAAAUUAACGUGACAUAUUUUGUGAAUGAAAAAAUUGGAUUUUGAGUUGAGCAUAGGCAAGUUUACUGAUGGUUGCUGUGAAAAUAUUUUUAACAAUAAGUAUUUAUAUCAUCGCCUAAUGUAAAAAAAGUUGCCUUUUCGUGAAAUUGUUGACGUUUCCAAGUGUUGAUUAUGAUUAGUUUGUGUGCAGAUGCAAUUGUGAAUGUGAAAUUUAGUGAUUUAUUGGUUAAAAUCUGCUAAUAUAAAAGGAAAGCAAUGGAUGAAAUUCUCUGAUUAAAAAGGAAAUAAACUUUCAAUUGCUACAGAGAAGAAAUGUCUUGGAUAAAGAAAAGGGGACCAAAUGUCCCUAAUCAGUCAGCUGUUCCAUCAGUUCCAAUGUAUAAUCCUAAUCAACAUUCCAGUGCACAGAACCAAUGGCAACAGCAAAAUUUUCAACCUGCUUCUUCAAAUAAUUGGUACACCCAAAAUUCCAAUGAUCCAAAUGGCUUUCCACAACCUUAUAAUAAUUCACAGCAACCACAGCAGUACUGGCAACAGUACGGUCAAACUCAUCAGCAAGAUCAACAAGAGCCUCAACAACCCCAGCAACCCUAUCAAAACUAUAAUCACUAUCAGUUCCAGAAUUCGGCCCCCCAACAGCAAUAUUCGUACGGAAACUAUGGCCAACCAAUGCCAAAUUUACAGCAAGUGCAACAUCAACCUCAGCAAUCAAGUGAAAUGGACUCCUGGAAUUCUUGGAAUUGGGGAGAAGAAAAUAAUUCUAACAUUCAAGCAGGAUACGUUCAAAAUAACACCAAUCCAGUUCAAGAAGUGGCUUCUGCAAACAUCGCCAAAAAUUUUGUUAAUGACGAAACGUGGAAUUGGUCUUUAGAAGACAGUUCGUCGACAUCAAGUCUUCUGAAGCAAGAAGGAACUGAAAAGGGGUCAGUGGUUAAUGAAAAUACUUAUGGUGCUCAAAGUGUACAAAGUAAUGAUCAUUUGCGCGAAGAUCUGUUCCCAAAAGUGGGCUCUACUGCAGCGAAACACAACCAAAACCUCAAAUCUGGCUCUUUAGAUUCAGAAAAUCAAAACUCGCAAAUUGUUCCUGGAAGUGCAAGUGUCGAACAUAAAAGUGCAAUAAAAAAAGUAAAUAAACCUGAAAUGUUGCCUGCACAAUGGUCUACUGAGUCUCAAAUUUCUCAAGAUUCUUCAGAAAACAUUCAAACUUCAGACAGUAACUCGAGAAUUCUUUCAAGAAGCUCUACUACUAGCGAAUCAUCACUCCCGUUGCAAGAUUUAGGAAACGUAAAUAACGAAAAGGUUAAUUCUUUUGAAACGAAUUUAGAUCGUAGUAGAAAAAUAUCCGAUGCUACAUUAACAAACGAACCGCCUAGCCGAAAUUUAAGAAAUGCAGAGAUGUUACAACAUGAAAAUGUUGAAAACGUUUCGCACUUGAAAUCUUAUACUACUCCUCCUCCAUCAGUAAAAAGUCAGACGGCAACUCCACCACCCCCUAUGAAAAAUCCUCCUCCCUUGAUGCCUUCACAAAGUGACGAUUCACAAAAUCCUUAUAAAAGAACGGUGGGCGUUUCUCACAGAGCUAUCAACAAAUAUAUGAUUGAAACUCAGUCUCAACCUCAACAAAGUAUGGCAUUUCCACCUCAAACAACUUUUCCAUUGUCAGUUAAUCUUGAAACAUUACCAGAUAAUUCAGAACAACCUGAUUCAUAUCCUCUUCAGAGUACCCAGUUAAUUCGUAAGGUCAGUGCAACAAAAACUCCCUUACCAAAUUGUCCAGACAAUAAUGAAAUAGCCCCUAUAAAUGACAGAAAUCAGUACUUAGAAACUGGGCAGUUAUCAAACAGUGAAGUAAUGGUUGAUAAUAAUGACGUAUUACCACCACCAGGAUUGCAGCGUAUGGUGCUGGGACAGAUGGAAUUUAACGAGCAAAAUAUUAGACAGGAAGGUAGGGGUGAUAGCCAGCUCGAAGAGCCUCCUCCUGGCUUAAGUCGAAUGGUGCUAGGGCAAAAUGUAAAUUCAGACAAUUCAAAAAACAAACUGCCUAAAGUUAAUAACGAAAUUGGUGAACCACCUGUUGGUUUUCAUAGAAUGAUUCCUGGAGAGUCCAGCUCACCUGAAAAUAGUAAAUGGAAUAAAAACACCGCAAAAAGGUCUAUUUCUCGUAGAGAAAAUCCUUUCCCAGAGCCGGAGCGCGAUAUUUUCCUUUCUGAAAACUCCCAAAAUCAACCUACCCAAACUCGGUCUGCUACCAUUGGUGCUGAUACGCCUCCUGUUCCUCCAAAUCCAUCUCUGGACUCUGAAAAUAACGACGUGGCUCCCAAGGACAAUAAUGACACAGAAAAUGUUUCCAACGAUUCUCGAAAGUCUAGCAAGGUCCCUAAAAAUACCCCCGAAAAUAUUAGACGUGCUUCCAUCGACGGUCAACCUGAAGAUGAAGAAAUAGCCGUAAUAACAUCAUCGGUACGUGAUUUAACUGUGGGAGGUAAUGUGGUCGAAUCAGGGCCGUCCAAAGGAGCUGCUGAAAGACCACCACGAAAGUCGAGUGUUCAUGAAACCAGUGAUAGUGAUUCUAAAAGGGAAGAAGUUUCCUCAAAGGGUCGCGAUCACAGGGACAAAAAUAGGGAUAGAGAUAAAAAUCGUAGAUACAAGGAUAACGAAGAGGAAUAUGAUAGGGGAAAGGAGAAAGGCAAGCGAUAUUCUCCAUCCCCAGACAGAUAUAGGGACAAAAAAUAUGAUAGAAGGAAAUAUAGGGACAGGCGGUAUGAUGAAGAGUCUGAUUAUUAUAGUGACAAAGAGCACAGGGAUAAAAGACGAGACCAGAGAGACAAAUAUGACGACUAUAAAAAAUAUAGUAGUCUAAAAAAAGAAAAAUAUAAAGAGAAACAGCGAAGGGAUCCGAGGGAGGGAACUGGUAGAGAUUCAAAGAGAUCAGAAUAUUAUUAUGGACGUUAUGAAGACGACUAUGAAGAAGCACCUAGAUCUAGACCCUCUAGCCGAUCUGAUUCGAUGCACGAGUCAUAUAGGGAGAGAACCCAUGGGCGUGAUAGACACAGGGAGAGAGAUAGGGAUCGACAUAGAAGACCCAGGGAUCAUAGAGAUCCAUAUAUGCAAAUGCAGGGUUACCCCUAUGAUCCAUACAGUCCAUAUUACCAGCAAUUACAGUAUCAAUAUUACGAAAAUUUGCGACGUACGAAUCCACAGGCAUACGCCGAAUUGUAUAGAAAAUAUUAUCAGCAAACUGGUACUCAACAAACAUAUGGCGAAGAAGAAAGAGCCUCAGUUCACUCCGGAAGAAGUUCGGCUAACGAUGAGUUAGCAAAAGACAGGUAUACGCGACAGAGUUUUUACAGCCAAGCGAGUUAUCCCCACGUGGGGGAUUAUUAUAGAGAAGGGCAUAGUAUAUCGGGCCACUAUGGCCAUAGCGACAUUAGAAUGUACGACAGAACAGACUCUUCUCUUAACUUGGAAGAGACAGUAACGGCAUCGCAAAGACUUACGCCUGCGAAGUUCACCACGUCGCAUAUCAAAGCAUCAAUUUCUUCGGGAAUAUUCGUAAAAAUUUUACCGCACUACCCCUUGGAUGGCCAGUUAGCUACUGUAGAAAUCGGGGGCUUCAAAGAUUACUUACAAUAUGACGAUGAAUUUCGGGAAUUGUCAGAAUUUCCCGGACCCCUUGUCAAAGGCGUCACGCACAAGAAAACGAUUAUCGAAUAUUGCGAGACUAAAAUACGAAACGCCCUGACGAACGAUGAUGUUAAUGACAUAGACUCAUAUAUUCUUAUGUGGGAACUUAUGAUAUUACUUCUAAGACAAAAUGGAAUGGUUGUUGGCACCGAUAUUGCAGAACUUUUAAUGAAAAAUAGGAAGAUUGAUACUAGCAGAAGGCCUUCUAUUGCAUCUAAUUCGAGUAGUGUAGUUAUGGAGAGGACGGAAUCCCUUAACAAUCUCAAUUCAGAGGCUAGCUCAGGAGCUGGUCUGAAAGAAGAAGUUAUCACUAACAAAUUCAGAGAAUAUCUUUUGUAUGGCUCUGGAAAGGAGGCAUUAGAAUGGGCUAUGAAACAUGGAUUGUGGGGUCAUGCUCUGUUCCUAGCUAGCAAACUGGAUAAACGUACAUAUGCCAGUGUAAUGACUCGAUUUGCAAAUGGUUUACCUAUGAAUGAUCCACUGCAAACUUUGUACCAACUGUUAUCUGGGAAAGUACCUGCUGCUGUUACGUGUGUGGCAGAUGAAAAAUGGGGGGAUUGGCGACCGCAUCUUGCCAUGAUUCUUUCAAAUACUACCCAAAGACCCGAUUUAGACCGGAAAGCUAUUACUACAUUGGCCGAUACUUUGUUUAAUCGAGGUAAUUUGUAUGCUGCUCAUUUCUGCUACUUAAUGGCUCAGGUUGGUUUUGGGCGAUAUGGUUCGGACUCUGCGAAGAUCGUGUUACUUGGCUCCAAUCAGACUCGGUCUUUCGCACAGUUUGCCACUAAUGAAGCGAUACAUUUGACAGAAAUUUACGAAUAUGCCUGUAGUUUGAACGAUUCCAAUUUUGUUAUGCCUGAGUUCCAGGUUUAUAAAUAUUUGAUUGCAACACGAAUGAGUGACAGGGGACUGUUAGAGAAGAGUUUGGCAUAUUUAGAAAGAGUUGCAACCACGAUUUUACAGAAUCCUGUAGAGUAUCAACCGUCUCUUGUGGCGAGCGUUUGUCAUUUAGCUGACAGGUUAAAAUAUUGUGAGCCUGUAGUCGUUGAAGAUCCUGAUGCCGAUGUUGUUGAUUAUACCUCUACACGAGCUGAUAAUACGUGGCUGAAAAAUCUAAAAAGUGUCGAAGACAAUUACAAGGUCGGGCUUUUAAGCAAUCAAAGUGUUCCUUAUCAGGCGGAACAUCAGGUAAACCAGUAUGUCGAAAGUCAAGAUGUGUACCAGCAACAGCAACAAGUGCACCAGCAGCAAUCUCAACAACAAUAUCAGUAUGGUGUAAGUUUCGAUUCCUGGCAGCAACAACCAAUUCCAGAACAGCCACAAGCUGUUCAUGAUAUUCAGCAUCAACAGGUUGAAACUCAAGAUGGUUAUGGUACCCAACAGUACGGUGAUCAGCAGCAAUAUUGGCAAAGCCAUCAACAGCAAUGGCCUGAAGCCAUUGUAGAUCAGCAACCUAAUAGUUUGAAUCAGUUUAAUCAACAACACCAAGAUGACCAUCAACAACAAGUGCAAACCAAUUUGUGGAGUAAUGCUCAGUCUGAGCCAUGCGAGGAGGUCAAAAACGACCGGGACAAAGUAAGUACCUCCUGUUCCUCUUCCUCAACUGUUUCGUUAGUCGCUUCUUCCUCUUCGGCGCUCCGCAAACGACUAACCAGUCCCGUUUCGACGGGUACGGUUGGUAGCAGCGCCCCGAUUCAUAUUAACAACAAGUAUUCCCUUCUACGCGAUACCAAAAAACAGUCGGCUAAAAGUGAAAGUAAUAUCGAAACGUCUGAGAGCAUGUGCCUUCCCAAAAAGCAUCAACCAUUUAAAAUUCGUAGUGCUGAAGAGUUUCGAUUCGACAGUUCAUCGUUCGAAGAGAGUUCUGACGGUGAGGCUAAGUUUUGUCGUGGAAGUGGCGAGAAAUCCUACUUGAUUAGAAAUAAACACGAAACUAAAAUUCUUUCCACCAGAAACGAAUCGAAAGCCACGAAAUACAGCACGUUCGACCUAAAAGUAAACGAAAGGAGGGGCAAGAUGGUGAAAUAUAAAUCGUUAGAUGAGCCUAUUAAUAAAAAUUUAGUAAAAUAUUGCGAGAUUGAUAGUAAAGUGGUAAUUUCCGCUCAGGAUUUCGAUUCGACCUUUAGAUUAACUAAAUUCCAACGAAAGCCUAAGCAAGACAUUAUAACAUGUACGGUUGAUAGUUGGGCGAAGCGAAAUAAAAAAGGAAUGUUUUCUAACAUAAAAAGUUCCAUCUUCAAGCAUACGUCCUCUCCUACUGAAAAAACUAACUCAAUUUUUAAGCCUCUUGUGUUCGGCGGUACUUACCCCAUAGAUGUACCCGUACCUGAUGAAAGUGGGGACCGGAAUACACCGGGAACUCCCGCUUCUCGCGAGUCAAUUGAAAGUCCUCAAGAUGGGAAUUUAAAGAUUUCAAACAUAUCCAAAAAUGGCAAUCAUAAGAUGGUCAUAAAUGAAUUGCCGGUUGUAAGAGAGUACGGCAAAGCGCAAACAUUUGAUAUCGACAUGCCUAUUUAAAACAAGGAAACUGACAUUUGGUAAAAAUAUCGCCUUAACCUACUUCAUUAAAUCAGGAUAAUGAAAAAUAAAAUGCUAUACAAUUUAGUACCUGUUCAGGUUCACUUUAUAUUUUCAUUUCAUUUGAAGCAAAAUAUUUUUUUUCUGUUGACAGUUUUAUUCUCCGAUCGUUUAGUUCGUGUUGAUAGGAGUUUUAGAAUAAAAUAUAAGCCUAGUAAAAAUAUUAUUUUAAUUGAAGUCGCUUAAAGUAUAAGGUGCUUAAUAAUAUAAAAGGCUAAUAAUUUAUUAGCAGCUAUUUAAUUUUGAUAGGGAUGUAUCUUUAUAAUUUACCUUGAAUUGUGCUGUUUAUUUUUCUGGAACUUUUUACAUUAAAAAAUCAACUAACGGGCCAAUGCCAAUGGAUAAGCAUUCCUACUUAAAAUUUAAGGACAAUAAUAAUAAUUGAAAUACACAUAUUUUCAGGAGAAUUAUAUGUAUGUAAAGUAAGUCGUAGUGGCUUUUUCAGAAUGUGCCGUUAAAAACCGAUGAGUAUGCUUUUCAGGCUCGGUAUUCGUGUUUAACAGAAAAUUAUUUUUCCGCAAACUACUUAAAUAAUUGUGAAUGCUGUGCGUAAGAAAAAAAUAUAAGCGAAAUUAUUACAUCUUCAUGUUGUUGUUGUUAUAAAAUUUAAAAAUGUUAUUGUACAAAGAAUUCAUGUUAUGUAUGUUGGAGGACAGGGCUGUGUUAGAAUGUGGUACCUAUGAUUUUAUCGUAUUUACAAUAAUAAAUUGUUAAUUGAAAAGACGUGAUUCAAAAAUAUACGUAAAAAAAAUGGGAAGUCUUCUGGCGGCAUUUAUUUAUUAUUGAAUGUAUCUGACAACAAUUUCUAUUAGAUAAGGCGAAGAACGGUGCUUUAUUAAUUUGUAGUAUGUUUUUUAUUUAAAAUGUGUACCAUUACAACCUUGGCUAUGUGUGGAUCGAGUGCUGAAUGAACAAAAUAAUUUUAACAUGGUGCUAAGGAAAUUAUGCAUAAAGUUGAAUGUUUAUUGUGGUUUUAUAUUUUUAAUGUAGCUAUUCUAUCUGAAAUGUAUAAAAUGUACAAAAGUCUUAAAUAUGUGUGUAUCAUCUUUUCUUGAGUAUCUAUUUGUACUUAAGUACUGACUAAGAGAUGUAUACACAACUGAGAGUUUUACUUCCAUUAAUAAUUACCUACCUUCACAAAUAAGAGCCAGAUCUGCGUAUAUAAAUACUCACAUUUUGCGAAGUAACAUAUGUUACUAAGGAGACUCAUGUGUGAAAGAAGUCACGCAAUUAGUGAGACCAAAUACUCUCAGUUUUGGUACGGAUCGAUACUCAAGAAGCGAGUAGAUAGAGCACAAAAAAUGAGACUAAACACUCACGUGCUUGAGAUCCUACAUGCAUUGUAUGCAUUUCAAAUGGAGUGGCUAUUUUAAAAAUAAAAGAUAAUAAAUAUUAGAGUUAAAUUUAAGCGAAAACGUUUUACAAAUUACUACUUGACAUUACUUAAAGUCUUUCUUUGCUUUCAAGUUUAAAUAUUAUUUAAGGUUGUAAUGCUACAUCUUUUACAAUGUCUAAAUAUAUAAAAAAAAUUAAUGUUUGUAGAAAUGUUACACAUAAGAAUUGUUAACUGUUGGUG